AUGUGGCUUCAAAGUCUUCUUCCCAUGGUCCUGGCCGCUUGCAGUCUCUCCGCCAUUGUCCUGAUGCCCAUGUGUGCUUCGGAGUUACCGUCAACGGAAAAUGCAAUCCCGGGCUGCACUCUGAUCCACACUUCCGACAUGGCUCCUCAGAUCAGCCCUACCACGGCAAUCUACAGCGCAAUCAUGACCAUUUACUUCUUCACCAAUUUUGAGAACAAUCCCAUUCCCAGGUUGAAUACAUGCCGGAGACUACAGCUAUUACUAGGCGAGACUGCCGUGGCUACGAUGGAACCGAUGACCCACGAGCCGCUGAAAGUGAUGACUCGAAAGGCUACACAAGCUCACACAUUACUCCUCGUUCUCAUGCAGCAACAUUGCUGGACCUUGCGUCCGACUCCGGCAACGACAUUCCUCCCAAAUGCCGAACUCCUCUCAGGUGCCGCCCAAGAACAACUGACUGCUAUUAUGUCUGCAAUGUUUGCUCUGAAUGUCGCAGAUUCCAGCAUGAAUGCCACGGAUGCAUGUGCACAAGUCCAAACAUCGAAAGUUGCCACUUACGGACUUGAGGUUUCUUCGGAUUACUCUACCAAUCAUUCUGCCAUCUGUGACAAUUGGGAUCUCUUCAAUCAGGUUGAUAGCCACUUCGGGAUCAAUACCAAAGCGUAUCGAGACAUUGUCUGCAACAACAUUCCCACUGAAACUCCUACGCCAUCCAGUAUGGGCCAACACCGAUCAUUCCAUGUGUCACAAACGGAAUGA